AUGAAUUUUAUUUUGAUCUUAUGUCUGGGGUUUAUCAUUAUUUACUCUUGUGUUUCGUGGUUGUUACCAACACUUCUAUCAUGGCUAUUUAAACGGAAAUAUCAUAUUAAACUUAAGAUUGGAAGUAUAGCUGUACUAAAACUAAUUUUGCGAGAUGUGAGCUUAUCUAAGGAUGGGUACUCUGUUCAUAUUGAUGAAAUAUCAUUCCGUAGUAGUUGUUUUAACUCGGAGAUCAACAAACUUGUCUCAGUUGUAAUAAAAUCUCUAAAGGUAACAAAUAAUGCAGAAGAGAAAAGAAAUGCAGUUGUAGAGACCAUUUUAAAACCUCUCCUCUCAAAACAAAAUUCUUACUCACAAGUAGAGAAUUUGGAAACAGAAGUAUCUGGGCAGAUAGAAGAUCAUCAGCAUUAUUCACUUAAACACCAAACGUUAUUGGAAUUCAGAGAUAAAAAACUGCCUCCAAGUUUAAUCAUGUUUGCACAGUUUAUGGGUGUACAUAUAUUUAAUGCCUCUAUCACAAUACAUGACUGUGGAAAUGACUGGUAUCUCCAUACAACAGCAUCAGAGGUUCAUGCAGAUGGAGCAGCUGGAGGCCCAGCUCGAGCCCUGGUCUUCUCAGCUAAUAUUAGUGAUGCUAAGGCUAGAAUAAUUUCUGGGAGAAAUGCUUUAGCAGAGGCUGCUGGUAGUAUUCUUGUGGAAGGCACUGUUAAAGCUGACAGUCCUUUAAAUGUAGAGAAAAUACAUACAGUGAUAAGUAAUCCGGCAGUGGUGCUACAAGAUGAUCUGUAUGACUUUCUACAACGAAAUAAAAAGACCAAGUUAGUGGCUCCAUCACCUCCUAGUGAAGAUCACCUAGCUACACUAAUACCUAGACUCUCUCCUGUUAUUCCAAAGAUACUAAGCCUCAAAAUUGGGCCUACAAGUAUUGGAUGUGUGGACAAUCUCACUAAGACUAAGUUUGAAGUAUCUUUACAAAGUUUGCUGGUAAAUUCCCGAUUUAGUGCAGCAUCAGUAGCGGUUAGUGCUGUCGGUGCAGAAGUUAUGAGACUACCCCAAGUUUAUGUCGCUCUGCAGGCGGACGGUUUACGGCUGUCUGCCAAAGACAGUACAUUAAUAUUUUUAAAUAAAGUCAAGCUGGAUGCCAAGCUUGAAAAAGGCACACUAAAUCUUUACCUCAUAAUCAGUACUUUGAACGUCACAUACGAGCAUAGUAACGUGUUUUUGUGGUACUCCAGUAUAUUGCAAAGAAUAAAAAAGGCAAAGGCCAUGAAGUUAUCACAAUUUACACAAAAGACAUGGAACGCUGAAGCGUGGUGGUCCCGAAUGUCACGCAGCUGCGCGUUACAAGGCUGCGCGGAGUUGCGAAGUGUAUUAAUACGAUGUGGCCGCGAUAUUGCUGCCUUCGGAGCUGGAUGUAGUGGGCUUAAGGUCAAGUUUGAUCAGCUGCUGGAUACAACCGAAGAAACGUAUGCCUGUUGCGGUCGUCAAUGGAGCGCGGAGCUGUUAGUGGACGGCGGCUGGGCGGGGGCGGGACGAGGGGCGGGGCCACCGAGACGAGCCCAUCAUUGGGGCUCACACGUGCUUGCUGUUGCACUUGUUAAGUGGGCCUCACAUGCGCCUAGACAGUCAAAGGUGGAAGCAAUGAUGGACUGUCUGCGAUUAGAAUGGAGCCCGUCGCUCGCGCAAUCUAUACUAACUUUCGUUGACUGUAUGAACGAAUAUAGAGGGUUUACAGAGCAAUCAUCUACAGACUCCACACAGACUUCCCAUGAAAUCACUAUGAAUGUGGCUCUAUCCCACAUUAACCUGUUCCUAAUUGUCAGUGAUACAGUUUGCUUAAUGACGAGAAUCGAUGCGGUAACAUUUGAGAAAAGCAAAAAUAAAACGGGGGCUGUGGUUUCUGGACUGAAGAUGGUGGAAUUCAUUCCGUUUCAAGGCAACGUACACUGUCACCGAAGUGAUGAAAUACCGUCAUCGUUCUUCCACGUGAAGUUAGCAAGGAUUGAACGCGUACCGAACAUCGAACGAAAUUCUCUUCUGCUCGACUUUCAAUUCUUAGAAAAUGUUGAGUUUGAUUGGAGCCCUAAUUUACAUCUGAAGAUUUUAACAUUUAUUAGAGCGUUUAGAGGGUUCAGGAAUGAAAUUAAAGACAGAAGAGAGAGCAUUGAUGUUUCGCGAAAGAAAGAGAUGGCGAAGGAUUGGAGAGUGUCGUUUAAGACUGAAACUAAUUUAGGUUUAGCGUUAUCUAAGGAUAAUAGUAUGGUGUUUUCUACAGAUGACAUGACGAUAUCAUAUGACCACGAAAUAGGCCUGUCAAUAGUCUGGAGUCACUUGAAGAUGAUUUUGAAUGGGGACGAAAUAGUAACUGUAGAGGGAUACUCCCAGGAACGUGUAUCUGAUGAUCCUGAUAUACGAAUUGAGAGAAAGGCAAAUGACGGAUUCGUGUUGUCGUGGAACAAAGUUUGGGCCGUCAAUAUAGAAUCAAUCCGCGUGAUAUUCCCAUACAAGCACCGAUUUGCUGAAGCUGUUCAAGGAGAUUUUGUGUCUCUCUUCAAAUGGUUAAAACACGUGCAUGGCAUUAAAAAGAAAUCCUUUACGCUGGAUAGUCCAUUGCCAAGCGAUCUUCAUAUAAAGAUCGAUGAAAUACUUAUUGAAAUGAGCGAUGACCCAUUCUGCUCUACGUAG